AUGAAUGAGACAAUCAAGCUUUCCAGCGGUGGAUCUAUGCCCAUCUUGGGACUUGGCACAUGGCUGUCUAGCAAUGAGGACGAACUAACUGCUGCCCUGAAAACGGCUCUCGACAGCGGAUAUCGUUUGAUUGACACUGCAUUUAUUUAUCACAAUGAAGCUGUCAUUGGAAAGGUGCUUCAAGAGUACUUCAAGAGCGGAAAGCUCAAGAGAGCAGACAUUUUUAUUACUACAAAGUUCGAUACAUUAGCUAAGUUCCAGCUUCCCUUCACGGCGCACGCUCCUGAAGAUGUGGAAAAGUGCUUCAACAUGCAACUGGAAGCGCUUCAGCUCGAUUACGUAGAUCUUUAUCUUAUACACUGUCCAGUGCCUGUCCAGGUAUAUCUUUAA